AUGGAUACGUUCUCUAUAAGAGCGGACGAUUCUCGCUCAGUGCGAAGCAAAAAGAUGAGAAAUGCGGAUCAAUAUUCUCUGAAGAGCAAAAGGAUACGCAUCGGAAAGGAUCAGUUCACAGCCGACAUCCACACCGAAGAUUUGAUUAUCACUGAGAACAACGUAAAAUACUUGCCUUCGUGGAAAGACAUCAUCUUUCUCCCUUACAAUUAUUACAUCACAAUCUCAUUUCUCAUCAUAAACUUCAUUUCGUGCCACAUUUACACGUACGAAUUGGGCUACAACGUGACGGAUUCGAAUCACAUGUAUUUAGUGUAUAUAGUCGAGAUGUUCUACAUAUUCCACACAACUUUGCUUUUCUUUCAUAGGUUGAUGCACAAUCAUCGAAAGAAGAGAAUUAAUAAACCAAUCGCGCUGUUAAUUUUACUACUGGAUAUAAUCUCAAUCAUACCAGUUAGAGGAAUGGUUAAGCUAAUGAACAGAUUCAUGUGGGAGGACAGACCUCACCUGUAUUUAGUUGAUGUUAUAAAUAAUUCAUUGAAGAUGAUUCGCAUCUUUCGAAUGUUGUAUUACUAUUUAAAUAUACGCGAAGAUCCUAGCUACGAUCAGAAGAAGUGCCUGAUCGUGUUUCACUUCAUCGUGUCCACUAUAAUCUCGCACUUCAUCGCCACAAUGUUCUAUCAGUAUCGAAAUGUGGGGAUCAAACAGGAGGCAUUACUUUAUCCUGGAAGAUCGCCGAUCACUUGGGUCUACACCCUUUCUUACAGCUUCGACGUAAAGAAUUUGGAACCAACGACCUGGUUCAUUAUUACCUACACCUACGCGUUCGGUCUUCAAAUCCACAAUUCUAUAAAUCAAUUUUUGAAUCACACUCCUUUGGAAAAGAUACUGACGAGUGUAGGAAUGUACAUUGGUUUCGUGGUCCAAUACAUGUUCUUUUUGGGCUCUCUAAUAUCCGAGCACAUCUGCGACAUGCGCUUCAAAUUAUCCUUCGAAAAAAGACUAAAGCACAUCAAUAAUUACAUGGAGCUGAUGGAUAUACCGAGGAUUCUCAUCGAUGAUGUUAACAGAUACUACAAGAUGAUUUGGAAUUGCCGCAGAGGACUCAUCGAGAAACCCAAAAUCUUCACGUUGUUCUCCGCUUACAGACAAUCUGAAAUUACAACUGAUAUUUAUUGGGAAGCGAUGAUGCACAGCCAAAUCUUCACCAAAUUCGAUGACGGCUUCAAGCGGGAAUUGAGCGGCGUGAUGCAAAGCGUGACUUACCUCGAGGGACAGUACAUUUUCAAAAUCAAUCGUAUAAAAUCGAAGAUGAUUUACUUGGUUGCUGGUAUAAUCGAAGUGUUGUCCGAAGAGAACGAUAGAUCCGCCGUGCUUUCUUUCUCAUCCGGCACAAUCCUUGGAGAAAUCGAUUGCAUUAUACCGAACCUCAGCAACGCGAAUAUAAGAUGCGCGACGCAAUGUGAGCUCCACAUUUUGGAGUACCAUAUGCUGUGGACCGUCUUGCUCAAGUACAAGGAGCACACGAAGACUUUGCUGAGAGCUAUCGAUGCGAGGAUCCAAUACGCCAGGUACAAAAGAUUUCAAUUGAAGUGGCACCAGUCCAAGCAGAUGUCGCACAUAUUUUGGAUCAAGGAUCAGUGGAGGAAAGUGAUGAAAUACUCGUCGAAUUCGGGUCGAGAAGCGCCCAUAAACGAUCCCAGUUACAGUUCUAAAUAUCUCAAUUUGUUAGUCCUCUCAUCUUUCGAUGAGCUUAAAGUCCACUCCAUCUGCAUCAGAGGAAAAUGCUCCUUUAUCAUGGAUGAAAACUCUAGUUUUAGGCUUUUCUUACACUACAUCUGUCUGUCCAGUAUCUUGGCUCAACUUUUUAUUAAUUUUUAUUUGAUCGCCUUCAGCGGUAGAAUUGCACCCUACUUUUACCCAAUUAUAACCAUGAUCGAUAUGGUUUACAUUUUGGAUAUCUACGUUCAAUCGAUCACCGCUAUCAUGGUUAAAAACGUUUUAGUGACGAAACCAUCGGAAGUCUUCAUUCUACGCAGCAAACAGAUAAGUUUCAUAGUGGAUGUAGCUGCGAGUAUACCAUACGAUUACAUGGCUCGAAUAUUGGGGACGUCCUAUCACGUCGUAAUUAUGUGCAGGAUACCGAAGUUCCUCAAACUUUACAAGAUCCGAAACUUCUUCGUCGACAGAGAGAACGCGAUGACUUCGCAUUUGAUCAUGCAGAAAUUCUGCAAAUUCAUCUGCAUCCACAUGAUAAUCCUUAUCAUAUUCAUUUGCAUCACUUACCUCUCAUGCUGCUUCAUGGGAUAUUGCAAUGAAACAUCUUGGUGGUUCUACAAUGAUAAAUUUUGGUACAAUAAUCUAGUCAACAAGAAGCUUCUGCUCACUUUCCGAGUCUUUUCCAUCUACUACAAAGCCUUCAUUUUAACCAUCAGUUACACGAAUACCAUUGAUAUUAUCGUAUUCCAUUUGACGGUCGUCGCUGGUUUCUACAUGAACAUCAUCUGUUACGUUCAAUUGAGCGCCACUUCAGCUUUAUCGCAAGAAGGAAAUCACAACUUCACCGUUUACCUGAAACUUUUAGAGGAUUUCAUUCGCAAUAGGCGUGAAAUCGUUCCGUACCAAAAUAUGAUCUUCGAAUACACCAAACUUCAGUACAGUUUAUUCAAAAACAUUAUCUACGACGAUUUGGCUUUACUUUUGGACCAGAAAUCGCACUAUCUCAAGUACAGGCUUCGACAAGGAUACGUCGUGAAUCACCUGAAGAAGAUGGACCUGUUCUGCUGGUUCAAUCCUCGCUUGUUAGAUAUUCUCUCUGAGAAAGUCAAUUUUUACGUCAUUCCUCCAGGACAUACCAUAUGUGAAGUGAACAAGAGGUGUUUUGAUUUCUACGUGGUGAUGAAAGGUUAUAUAGAGAUUGAGUCGAAUCUUCCUGGUGAUAAAGAAAAGAAUUUCGUGGAUCAGAGGACGGCGUACACUUUGUUUCCACCUCUGUCGCUGUUCCACGACGUUCCAUCGUUCAUCAAUGUGAAGACGGUGACUGCCGUCCAGCUGAUGGCAAUAUCCGUGCUCGAAUUCAGAAAAAUCAUGAAGAUGUUUCCAGAAGAAAAUCAAAUACUAAGUAAUACAAUGAGCAAACACAUGUCGGAUAAUUUUAACAUGUUGAACAGAGUGCACGAAAGCGUGGAUCUGUCGUGUAUGUAUUCUUCGUUGGGAAAAGUGGAUACGUUCACGUACAAAUUGGUGAACGAGGAUGGUAGCGCCACGCAGACUAUAGCUCACACCGAAACGAAGUUUGUGAAGUUCAUGAAGAAGAUUUUGUGGGACACGUACGACCCGAACGGUCGCUCCUACGAAAUCUACGAAUGGAUUCGCAGCAUCUUCAUGAUAUUCUACUGCACUUCGCUCUACGUCUUCACCGAUUACGAUUUGUCCAGGUGCCACGAAGAGGGUUACUGCAACUACAUGCAUUACUUCUAUUACUUGUACAGCCUUGUGGACAUGUACAUAAAGGCGCAUCUGCAGUACUACAACGAAUACGGAUUGAAAGUGACGGACGCCAGAUGCACCUACAAGCAUUACCUUUCCCACACCUUCUUCACCGACAUCUACUCCUCAUUCCCCAUACAGUAUUUCAAGAUAAAUAUGUUGUUCGGAAAGAAGCGAUUCCUCUCCGCACAUUACAUCAUCCUCUACUUGACGCGUCCCGUCCAGUUGUACAGAUUUUACGCGUUGGUUCAGUACAAGACAACAGUUUGGUCCACGAAGAAAUCCGCAAUAAUUAGACACGUGAUGCACACAAUUUUAGCGUUUUUCUUAAUAACGCAAUUGGCCAUCUUCAGAUUGCUGAUGACUUGCCUCCUACAAAACAAUGACUUGUACCUGUGUCCAUCGAAUAGUUGGAUUACCGUUCAAAUGAGAAGCGAUGAAAACUUCACCGGUUUUAAAGGUUUGAUCAUCAGCAUGUACAUGAUCUUCGCUAUAUCCAUCAGCAAGGAGAACAGCGUCUACACUGACAACGAUUACGUCGUCCUUUUAAUAAUGAGCGUUAUUAUCAUACAUUUCAAGUUGAUCACCAAAGUCUUCCUAACUGGAUAUUACAUUUUCGAAGAUACGAAACUCGUCGCUCAUCAGAAUUCGAUUAAGAAUUACAUGCGAUUUAUUAAAGACAAAUGUGUUGGUAAUAAAUCCAGGAAUGAGAUACUAGCUCACGUCGAGAACAUUUGGCAGAAGUGCAAAGGCGAAGUUCCGUCGGUGAUUUUCGGAAGGUUCUAUCCCAAAUUGAAACACGACGUCUUCUGCGCUCUAAAUAGAGACGCACUGAACAACAGCGUUCUCUUUGAUGAAGUCGAUGAGAGCUUUAUGCGUCUUUUGGUGCCUCAUCUGGAGGAAUACGAUUACAAAAAGGAUGCGGAUAUUAUUCGUUGCAACGACGUUCAGCAGAUGGUUUAUAUUGUUGGUAAAGGGAAGGUGGAAAUUUCGUUGGCCGGACACAUCAUGUGCGCUCUAAAAGCUGGCGGAACAUUUGGUUGCUUUAAACGGAGCGGUUCCACGAGACAGACCAUAUCAGUGAAAGCUUUAGUUCACACGAGGAUAUUGUGCAUACAUUCGCAGCUUUUCCACGAAAUUAUCGAUAUGUUUCCACUGGUGAGGAUUCGCGUUGAGAAGUUGAUUGCAGUCAACAGCGAGUUCGUUGAAGAUAAGCAAAUAGAGCGGGAAAGUGGGGUGGGUUCAUUUCGUUCCUCCCGCUCCUUCCGUUUCGUCACUGGGGCAAUAAUCAGGGAAAAUUGCGUUUACUACAUGAUCUUCGAUUACAUCACCUGCGUCCACGUGGCCACCAUCACAAGCUUCAUCACUCUCUUCAUUUCGCCUAUAUAUCCUGGCGAAUUCAAUUUAUUAUAUUGGGUUCUAACGGACGUUUACUUCGUCGUAGCUAUGUACAUACAGAGCAUGGUUAGUUAUACUGAACCGGAGUCGGGAAUCUCUAUUUUGAAGCUGAAACCAAUCCUGAAGCGAUACUUUAAAUCGUUCAGAUUCAUCAUUGCAAUGCUCACCAAUAUACCGUUCUACCUAAUCCACGAGUAUUUCUACAAAGAUUGUUACGAACAAGGCUGUUUCACAAUACACAAAUGUUUGCGAAUCCUGUACCUGCUCGAAUAUUACACUUGUUUCGUGAAGAAAGGGAACGUUCCCAAGCACAUCCAGUGGGUGUUCCUGUUCUAUCUGCCUCUGUUCAUUCUUCAAGUGAUCUUCAAUGUUUGGUGGUGGGCUAGGUACGCGAUAGAGGAGGAAGAAGGCGCCGUCGUCACACAAUCGAAGAUCUUAAGCGUGUAUCUGCACGUUUUCAACGUCUUCACCACAACCGGUAUCAUCGAUACCGUAUCCAUAAUAAGCUUCCAUCGGAUACUCGGCAACUUGCUGGUGCUGGUCAUUUGCUUCUUCCUUUUGACCUAUCUCACCGUGGUCCUUUCCAAAAUGUUGCUCACCAACAACUACAACAUCCACAUCUACAAGAUCAGAGCGCAGAUGUUCAAAAACUAUUGCUCCAAGCAGCAGGUAUCUCCGCCAAUAGUAACGAAAACUUGGGAGUAUCUUAUGUUCAUCUACAAGAAGCAAAAUGGAGAGCUCUUACCUAAACUGUUGCAAGAAGCCCCAGUCUACAUCAAGCAAGACCAUAUGCUCACCAUGUACGGAAAGCAUUUCGUCAACCACACCAUUUUCUCCGAUGCCCACGUCGAUUUCUUGAGACAACUUUUAUUGCAUCUUCACUCGCAUUACUAUUUACCUGGCGAAAUCAUAGUCGAAUGCGGCGAUAAGAAUGGUACGAUUUACUUUAUUGAAGAAGGAUGCGUUGCAGCUAUUGAUAAAAAAGAGAAAAUGACUUGCUUAAUCUUAAAACAAGACCAAUCUUUUGGCGAAGUUCCCGGAUUGAAGAACAUCGGUUACCCAAAGACCUACAGAUCGCUCACAAUAUCUCUGAUAUUAUCCAUCAAAAGAUCUGAAUGGAAGUACCUUUUGGAUUGGUUUCCGGCGAGUCGUGAAAUUAUUUACAGGAAUUUGUACGAAUUUGCGGAAACGUUGAAUUGA